AUGCCGACGGAGCAUCGUGGCUCGGUCGCCUCGACUGGCUCGGCCGCGCCCACUGGUUCGCUGGCUGCCGCCGAGCACGCCCAUCAGGCGCACCACCUCAAGUACGGCAACGUCGUUGCUGCUGGGUUCUAUCCUGACGAUUCGGACGAUGAAGACGAAGGCGAGGAGCAAGAAGGCGCGCAGGCGCAAGAGGCGGAUGCGGCCACGUCCGACACGCUAAGCCUCGCCCCGUCCACUUCGUCCGGUACUUCCAACGGCAAGUUGCCGCGCGAUGCCAAAGCACGCAAGUGGCGAUCGAUGGAGCGUCGCGAAGCACACAGCCGCGCCAUGCAUGAACAGCGUCGCUACCUCUUCCGCCGUCCGCGUGCGCUCCAGUACUUCCGCGGAAACGUCCUCGUUCGCUCCAACGAGGAACGCUCUUCGCACCGCCUCGAACUGUUCUUCGACCUGGUCUUCGUCGGACUCAUUGCCACUCUCGCCGAGGAGGCUGUGCACGAACACAACGGCGAUGCCAUCGUGCGCUACAUCCUAACUUACACGGCAGCCUGGAUGGUCUGGAAUUACAUGCGCGAGAUUUUCAACGCCUUCUUCGUGGAUGACCUGCCCCAGCGCGUGCUCGUGCUGGCCGUCAUGGCCUGUCUCGUUGUCUAUGGCAACAACGCCCCCUCCGCCGAGGAGCUGCUGGAAGAGUCGGGCGCCCGCGCCACCGCCAUCGGAUCGUACCUCGUCGCUGUCGGGCUCAUCUUUGGUCUGAUGAUGUUCUACUCGUUUUACAUCUGCCAGUAUCGCAUCCAGAUCCGCAGCCAAGCAACGAUUUGGAUCCUCCUCGUCGGACUUUGGAUUGGAAGCAUCUUCGUCUCGGUGCGCGCUUGCAUCGCCCUCGUCGCCGUCGCGCUCGUGCUCGAGUAUUCCUCUUUGAUGUUCUUCUACAGUCCGCUCUUCAAGAGGCUGGCCAAACUGCGAUAUUCGUCGGCGGUCGCCAUCGAGCACGAGAUUGACCGAUUCACCGACUUUGUCACGUUGGUCCACGGCGAGUUUCUGUACAGCGUGCUGUCAGGACAUCCCGCUGGGACCGGUGUGCACUCUGGCGUGGCGCGCGUCGUCCUCACCACCGUCGUCGCAUUUGUCCUCCACGGCAUUUACUGCACUGGUGCUGGCAGCAAGCGUAUCACACAUCCCAUCCGCCGCAGCAUGUCGUAUGCCAUUCCCUUCUUUGGCCUACACCUCCCACUCGUCUCGGCCAUCACGCUGUGUGGUGACGCCACCGCCGAGCUCGUCAAAGAAAACGAGGUUGCGCAGGGCAUUCGCUGGAUCUACUCUGCGACGUAUGCGAUUGGUAUGGUCUCAACCGCACUGCUCGUGAUGCUCGAGAAGGAACUCGACGCACCAGGAGAGCUAUUCUUCUCGAAGCCCGUGCGCAUUGCACCACGCUUUGUCGCCGCCAUCGUCGUGCUGCUUCUGCCACUCGCUGAUCAGCACCACAUCAACUCGACGGCGCUUCUCGGCAUCUCUGCGGCCUUGGGCGGAGCGGCUUGGCUGUGGCAGGAGCUCGGCUCGCUCGACGGACCCAAUGCUCCGUGGUACCAGCAGUCGAGCAGCUUCGCCGGUGUCCCGGAAGGUGCUCAGCUCCACGAGCACUGCACGAGAACGUGGACGGGCUUCCCGGCGCUCGUCGAGCCGGGCGCCUGGAAUCUCGACUCCAGACGCCAGCGCGGACGCACGACAACCUUCGUGCAGGAGUCCAACCCGGCUGACAUUAGUCCCAGCGCGGAAGCCAUCGCAGCACCUCCAGACCACGAAGCUGAUUCUCCCAAGCUCGCAACUCCCUGA